CUGUGUACUUACCGAGGCUUUAUCAACGCUCCGGCAAGUAGUAAUCAGAUUCUUCGGCGGACUGUCACUUUUUAAUAGUGUUUUGACCAGUCCCAGGCCUAAACCACGAUUGCAGCCCGUUAUUAAAAUCGACUUCAUUAUUUACCACUAUUCUACCAGUGAUAAAAUCGAGGACAGCCCUGGUUGGAGGAGGAAACAUCUGUUUUCACUCAGUCAAAGUCAUCCUCGUGAUGGCGUCAAUUUUUUGUUUUAAAAAUGUCAUUUUUGGUAGUGCUUGUAAAUUCCAAAACACCAAAUUUCUGUUCUUUAAAUCUCUGGAGUCGAGACCGAUUCGAUAUGCCAGUAGCCUGAAGCCAACCAGCGAUUACGAUUAUGAUCUUGUUGUGAUCGGUGGAGGCUCCGGAGGGUUGGCAGCCGCCAAAGAAGCCACAAAUUUAGGUGCUAAAGUCGCUGUUUUGGACUACGUAACUCCAACUCCUCUGGGAACGAAAUGGGGCUUAGGAGGCACGUGCGUGAAUGUGGGCUGCAUUCCCAAGAAGCUCAUGCAUCAAGCUGCUUUGCUAGGAGAAGCCAUACACGACGCUAAAAGCUAUGGAUGGCAAGUGGGAGACAACAUUAGCCACAGUUGGGAAGCGCUGAAGGAUGCUGUUCAAGCCCACAUUAAAUCCGUCAAUUGGGUUACCAGAGUGGAACUCAGAGACAAAAAAGUGGAGUACAUCAACGGGUUGGGGACCUUCAAAGAUGCCCAUACGGUGCAGACCAUCACCAAGCAAGGCGAACGCCUGCUAAAGGCGCGUUACUUCUUAAUAGCCGUUGGAGGACGGCCGAGAUAUCCAGAUAUUCCAGGCGCCGUUGAAUAUGGAAUCACCAGCGACGAUCUUUUCAGCUUGGACAGAGCGCCUGGAAAGACGGUUAUUAUCGGCGCUGGAUACAUCGGCUUGGAAUGUGCAGGCUUUCUAGUCGGCCUGGGAUAUGAGGCCACUGUAAUGAUUCGAUCUGUACCUCUGAGGGGAUUUGAUCAGCAAAUGGCCAACAUUAUCGUAGCAGAAAUGGAAGAUAAAGGAGUGAAAUUCUUGCAAAAGUCUAUUCCAAAAUCGGUGGAAAAGCUGGAUUCUGGAAAAUUGAAGGUGACAUGGACCAAUGAGGCCCAGCAGGAGUUCAGCGACGAAUUCGAUACGAUCCUUUUCGCUAUCGGGCGCAGGGCGCUCACAAAAGAACUCAACUUGGACACUGCCGGAGUCAAAGUGGCUGGAGAUGGGGAGAAAGUCGACGCCGUCAAUGAACAGAGCAACGUGCCUCACAUCUAUGCAGUCGGCGAUGUUCUCUAUAAAAAACCUGAGCUCACGCCCGUAGCCAUUCAUGCGGGCCGUUUGCUUGCCAGAAGAUUAUUCGGAAACAGCACUGUGAAUAUGGAUUACGAGAAUGUGGCGACAACAGUAUUCACUCCAUUGGAGUAUGGCGCUGUGGGUCUAAGUGAAGAAACAGCAGCCAGCCGCUAUGGGGAGGACAACAUUGAAGUGUAUCACGCUUACUACAAGCCCACCGAGUUCUUCAUUCCGCAAAAGAACAUCAGGCAUUGUUACUUAAAAGUGGUCGCUCUUAGGGAAGGCGACCAAAAAGUACUGGGCUUGCAUUUUAUUGGGCCGCAGGCUGGCGAAGUUAUACAAGGAUUUGCUGCUGGUAUCAAAUGCAAUUUGACAAUGAACGCCCUGAUGAGCACCGUGGGGAUUCAUCCGACCAUCGCGGAAGAGUUUACUAGAAUCAACAUAACAAAGCGAUCUGGCAAGGAUCCAAAUCCCGCAUCCUGCUGCAGUUAAACAUCUCGCACCUGGUUUUACUGUCUCGGUUUAUAUGUACUUUAUCGUAAAAAUAAAUAAAUAAGAGCAUGUCAUGGUUCAGCUCACUUGCCGCAUUCAGACAUUCUAACAAGCGUUGCACUGGAAAUGAAAGUGUUUGUACUUUGUUCUACUUAUCUACUGCUGUUGCUUUAUUGUUUACUAAUAUUUUAUACAUUUUGCACUUUAUUGAAGCUGAGAACGUAUUGUGUGCCGGUGAUAUUACUUUUACUUGUGUCUCGUUAUGUUGAAAUGUGAAUUGGUUUUUACAGUGCAAGCAAAUGUUGAAAUUAUUAAGUUUAUUUGGAAAUAAAUUAUACUUUGAUAAAUA